AUGCAUUGCCGCUCUUGGCGCAUACCCUGCGUCUACUCUUUACGGAGAUUCGUCUCCCGGGCUGAUCAGGACGUUCAGAUCGCGAGGGAUUGGCUUAAGACCCUCAAUGCCAAAACAGUCCCCCGCCACAUCUGCGAGGUCUCGUUCAGCCGGUCCAGCGGUCCGGGCGGACAAAAUGUGAACAAGUCAGUACAACUCCACUUGAUGAUCAAUAGCAUGCUGAUCGGGUCCAGAGUCAAUUCCAAGGCCACUUUAAGAGUCCCCCUGGACGCAUUAUUGCCCAUGAUCCCGCGGUUGAUUCAUCAGCCCCUGCGGGAAUCACGCUAUGUCGCCGACCGCUCCCAAUCCUUGGUGAUUCAAGCCGACGAGGAACGAAAACAGACUAACAAUGUGGAGUCGUGUUAUGACAAGCUCCUCCACUUGUUACAGGAUUCGGCAAAGGCGGCCAUUCCGGGGGAAACUUCCCGAGAGCAGCGAGAGCGAGUGCACAAGUUGCAACGGGCAUCAAAUGAGGGCCGCAUCAAGGCCAAAAAGCAACACAGUGACAAGAAGAACAGCCGGCGAGGAAGUAAACAUGACGAUUAG